CAUCUCAACAAAAUGAACGGCCAUUCAGCUUUUACCCCCAUCCAAAUCGCAGCUAUUCUUUUUUCUCUUUAAACACAGAGACUGAUCAGUCAACCCAAAUGACACCCAAGUCACCCUGUACCGGAUCUUCUUCCUCAGAUCACGGUGGUCAAUUCAUGAUGUCAACCAAAUCAUGGAUUCUGCAUGGGGUCGCCGCCGCCGCCGCCAUAGCUGUCGGAGCUCACGCAUACUUUUUUUACCGUCGUUCCACCAUGUUUCGGAGCCGGGUUGUGGGUAUAAUUCCGGCCCGGUUCGCUUCUUCCCGGUUUGAAGGAAAACCCCUUGUUGAAAUACUUGGCAAACCUAUGAUCCAGAGAACUUGGGAGAGAGCAAAAUUGGCUACAACAUUGGAUCGUGUUGUUGUGGCAACAGAUGAUGAAAAGAUUGCAGAAUGUUGUCGAGGAUUUGGUGCUGAUGUGAUAAUGACUGCAGAAUCGUGCAGAAAUGGUGCUGAGAGGUGUAGUGAAGCCCUUCAAAAACUCGAGAAAAAGUAUGAUAUUGUCGUCAACAUUCAAGGAGAUGAACCUCUUAUUGAACCUGAAAUUAUUGAUGGGAUUGUCAAAGCUCUUCAGACCACCCCGGAUGCAGUUUUCAGCACUGCAGUCACAUCUUUGAAACCAGAAGAUGCUUUUGAUCCAAAUCGUGUGAAAUGUGUGGUUGAUAACCGUGGCUAUGCAAUAUACUUUUCUCGAGGGCUGAUCCCUUUUAACAAGGCUGGGAAAGCCAAUCCUGACUUCCCAUAUAAUCUUCAUCUCGGUAUUCAGAGCUAUGAUUCGGAAUUCCUAAAGAUUUAUCCAGACCUGACUCCAACUCCACUACAACUAGAAGAAGAUUUGGAGCAGCUUAAAGUUCUUGAAAAUGGUUACAAGAUGAAGGUAAUUAAAGUGGAUCAUGAGGCUCAUGGUGUUGAUACUCCAGAAGAUGUGGCCAAGAUUGAAAAAUAUAUGCGUGAAAGAAACCUGUCUUAGUGCAAUCGUCUAGUUUAAGUGAGGUUGUAGCUCAAAUUGUUGAAGGUUUCAUCAGCCUAGUGGUUGUGUUCAUUUGUUCUUUUGACAAGUAAAUCGUUUUGUACCGAGCUUAAUGUGUAGUUUAAGCUAGAAUGGUGCUCCAAGUGUGGCUCAACCGAUGUAUAUUUCAUGUGCAUUUCUUGUAGAGUCCCGGUAGAAAUUUAAAAGUUUAUUUUGUAACAAGAUUUAUGGUCAAAAUUUGUAUUAAGUUUUUGGAUUUAAACCCAGAGUAUAAAUUUAUUAGUUUUUGAUAUUCUGUUUA